CCACAUGAUGAACCUCUGUCUCUCGCUUUCCCUCUCCUCCAUCACACACAGAACGAUCAAGUCUACUAACUGAUUGGAGCUACCGAUUGGUCUUUUUUAUUGCCGUUAUACUUUGCAAAGCCAGCUCCUGAACAGCAUCUGGCGGCUAUCCUGAGCCAACUACUGACAUACGAGAGGGCUAUCCUGAGCCAUCUUCCUGAACUACAUCUCUCAUCCUGAUCUCACAGGCUAUCCUGAGCCUUUAUCAAUUCCUGCUUUUCUUUUUCUUUUUCAAAAGAAAAUCUCCUGACGGCUAUCCUGAGCCAUUUUUGUCUGUUCUACUAUCAGCAGCAGAAAUACAAGACUAAUCAAACAUGUCGUAUCUCGCACCAAGCAAGAGGGCCGCUCGUGCUUCCUCCAACCUGCUGCGGUCGGCGAGCCGGGCCGCGGCUGGUGCUAGCAACAGUUUCGCAGGACAACAGCGCGUGAACAAGAUCCACGCCUCUUCCAAGGACAAGGCCGUCCAUGCCACGACACAGCCUGCUGGACUCGGCGCCGGUCUUCCCGAGUUCAUGACGGCUGGCAUGACUCCCGUAUCGACACCCACGACCGCUACCCCGACCUCGACACUCCCCCGUGUACCCGCUGGGCAGCUCAACGUUCUCGAGCAGUCGCGCAAGCCCGAGUUCUACCAGGCCAUCUCCAAGAUUAUGGCCAUCCGCAAGGACUAUGUCGAGAAGCGCUUCGUCUGGGUCCCGGCCGAGGAGAUGAUCGACAUCUGCCUGGGGCUGGGCGCCACGCGCGAGGAUCUCGAGGCUCUGCCCCAGACCGCGGACGGACUCCAGUAUGACCCUACCCUCCCCUUCCGCAAGACCCGCAACGGUCGCUUCUGCUUUGACUACGACACCCAGAGCGUCCGCCGCCUCGAGUUCCAGCCCUUUGCGCUGUCGGCCGAGGAGGACUUUAAGCGCUACGACUCGGGCCAGAUCCGGCGCUUCGACGAGAUUGACGACGAGCUGCAGCUCAACACGGUCCUGCAGGCCCUCCUCGUGUUCAAGGGCAUGGUCGUCCACGGGGUCGAGAUGGCGCACCGUCCCAAGCUAGACUACGACGUCAACAAGAACAUUCUGACGCUCUUCCACCUCCGGACCACGACCAACCAGGAGAUCCUGGGCGAGCCUGCCCUCGAGGGCAUCCACUCGGACGGCGUCGACCACACGAUGACGACCCUGCUCGGCCACAGGAACAUGCGCGCUGACUCGGCCGUCACCUUUAUGCACGCCAUGCACGAGCAGACGGGCAUCCCGCUCAACGACGCCAAGCCGGAGAACAUUCGCGCGCGCGUCCAGCACACCAAGCUGCUCGACACGCUCAUGAUCCUCGACCACGAGAACAAGCACUCGCUCAGCCCCGUGUACCAGGAGGACCUGACCCAGGACGCCACCCGCGACAUGCUUGUCUUCUUCACCCGCAAGCCGGUCGAGGAGGGCCACAUCUCGAGCAAAAUUGACUCCAAGACACCUCACAAGGUGAAGAAGAUGGAGAUUCCCCUUUUUCUGCCCAGGACCCAAUGAGCUGGCCUUGCAUGGCGUUGCUGCGCAUUUUGACAUUUGGCGUUGCGUUUGGGCAUUGCUUUCUCUUUUUCAGUUCGGACAAAAGUUGACUCUACGGUUGGCAAUGUAUAUAUCUGGUUUUGCUUUCAAUACUUGGCGGAGAUGGCAACCAGCAACACCCCCCCCGACUGAUUUCACUCUCCGCUGGACGGAGACACUCAUGAUGAACGACCUCCUGAAUACAAAGUUAUUAA